AUGGCACCCAAAUCGAACAAGAAAGCUGUGGAGGAACGGGAGCCUACUCCUAUGAGCACAUCGUCUGCUGGCGACUCGUCUAGCUCCGAGGUUGAGUUGAACCAGAGCGGAAGCGAGAGUGACAGCGAUAGCAGCACUUCUUCCAACGAAAAGACUUCUAGCCAGAAGACCUCCCGUAAUGUAUCCUUAGCAGCACCCCAACCUUACAAAGCUCCGUCUGGAUUCAAGUCCUUGAAACAACAAGCACCACCGAAGUCCAAUGUCUCCUCUCUCCUGUCCGAUCUUCGCGGCAAGCAAGUCUACCACAUUACGGCGCCAGACUACCUUCCUCUUUCCAAGGUUGAGGAAGUCUCGUUGGCCAAGAUCAUGCAGGGCAAGCCGGUCUUGAAACACAAGGGUGUGCAAUACGGGAUUCCGGUGGAAAGCUUUGCGCAACCCGACCUGGGUGGAAAGACGCUUCACCUGUAUGACUCGAAGACCAAGACCUACUACAGUACUGCCGCCAGCAACAUCCCCAGCUACCACAUCCAAGAAAUGCUCGACAUUCCCGAGGUCAGCGAUGAGACCGUUGCACAAGCUGUUCAGGAGCAGAUCAAGCCCCCGAGGAAACACCCCAAACACUUGAAGAUGCGUUUCCGCCCCGUAGGAAGUGGCGUGGCACCCCCCGAGACCCUCGGGUCCAGUUCGGAGGAGUCGGAAGACGAGACGCCUACAUUCAAGGUCCCCAAGUCGCUGGAGAAGGAGCGGGAUGAGAGAAAGCGCAAGAACCACCCUACUGAGGCGGACGGGAGCCAGGCCGACGCCGGUGAUGUGCCUCGUAAGAAGUCCAGAAAGUCCGCUCAGGAGGGAGGUGAAGGCGAGGACAAGAAGAAGAAGUCCAGCAAGAGCCGGGAGGAGAAGAAGCGCAAGAAGUCCGAGAAGUCUACUUGA